CGCCGACAAUGAGCCUCCAUAAAAGGGAGCGGCGGGGGCCUGGGGCCCCGGAUUGAGCCCUCCCCGCCCGGGGUCCCGACGCGCUCCGUCUCGGCGAGGUCCGGACGCGCCCGUCGCAGGCCCGGCGGUGAGCGGCGGGCGGCGGGGAGGGGGCUGCGCGGAGCGGGAGGCGGCCUCUGGCUGCGCGCCCGGCCUCCGGCGUCCGGUCACCGCGAUUCCCACCCCCUCCCGGCCGCACCAUGGCCCUGAAGGCCGAGGGCGCCGCGCUCGACUGCUUCGAGGUGACGCUCAAAUGCGAGGAAGGGGAGGACGAGGAGGAGGAGGCCAUGGUGGUGGCCGUAAUUCCGCGGCCCGAGCCGAUGCUCAGAGUGGCCCAGCAGGAGAAGACGCCACCACCUAGGUCCAGCCUGUUGGAGGCGGGCGGCGAUGGCUGCGAGGAGCCCAGGCAGCAGGUGUCUUGGGAGCAGGAGUUCCUGGUGGGAAACAGCCCGGGAGGCAGCGGGCGAGCGCUGUGCAUGGUGUGCGGGGCCGAGAUCCGGGCCCCUUCCGCGGACACAGCACGCAUGCACAUUCUGGAGCAGCACCCUCACACCCUGGACCUGAGCCCCUCGGAGAAGAACAACAUCCUGGAGGCUUGGAGUGAGGGGGUGGCCCUUUUGCAGGACGUCAGAGUGGAGCAGCCUUCUUCACCCACCUCAGACCUGGGCCACGAUGUCGAGGCCGACCCGGACUCCGACCCGGACCCUGCCAAAAUGCCAGCAGAGAUUGUCGUUCUCCUUGACUCCGAGGACAACCCGUCUCUCCCGAAAAGGAGCCGGCCCAGGGGACUCCGCCCCCUCGAGUUUCCUGCUGCUCCUGCCUCAGAGCCAGGAAAUAAGAAGCCCCGUGGUCAGAGAUGGAAGGAGCCUCCUGGGGAAGAGCCAGUCAGAAAGAAGAGAGGCAGACCCAUGACCAAAAACUUGGACCUGGACCCAGGCCCUGACCCAGACCCCCCGUCACCUGACUCGCCCGCUGAGACGUUUGCGGCUCCCGCCGAGGUCCGCCACUUCACGGACGGCAGCUUCCCCCCGGGCUUCGCCCUUCAGCUCUUCUCCCACACCCAGCUCAGGGCGGCGGACAACAAGGACUCACCCGGAGAGGGCAGAGCUGCUGACGGAGGCCUUCCCCCGCCGGAAAGCCCCUCUCCAGUUUCAGCUUGAGCCACAUUCCAGUCCUGCCUCCCCGAGACUGUGUGCUCUGCUUGGACUUGAGCGUUGCCCGAGCUUCCUCCUUCUCUUCGGUGGAUCACUGCUCUAAGUGGCUGACCGCUUCCACUGUUUAACGGGUCUUCUGGUUUCAUUCUCGAAAGGGAGCCUUCAUUUUGAGUCCUGGGGUACCCUGUGCCCACAUUCCACCCAUCUGGAGUGGUGAGUAGCUGAGAAGGGAGUCCCUGAGGUCUCAGGUUCUUUUGGGGUGCGUGGGCAGAGUCUCCGAGGCCUUGGGGGUUCCGUAAUCUUGUGAGAGGGCUUUUCUCGGCAGCGGCAGGAUCUAGGGAGGUUGGAGGGGGGCCCAGAACCUGCAGCAGACGCUAUGCAGCCCUGAGGGAUGCACUCUGGAAAAAUGACACGAGCGAGGCAGCCUCUGUCCCCAAGAAACUUCCUGGUUUUGGUGUACAGGUUGGAUGGAGGCAGUACCACAGCGGGUAAAGGACAGUGGGGUACCCGCCACAGUUCUGUGCAGAGCAGAGGCUCUAGAGCAGUGGUCUGACUGUUUCUGGAUCCCAAAGCUCGGACAGGUUUCUCAGAAACCUGCGAGGCAUCCACCAGAAUGUCUUCACUUUGGGUUGCUUUUACAUGUUGAAGUUCUCGGGAGAUUCUGAGCAAAGAUUCUUCCACUUUAAAAGAGUUAUUAGAAAGUCAAGGACUCUGAAAAUGGAAAAGGUCACUGCAGUGAGGUCAGCUGAGCUGAUGGAUGUAACUCUGAAGCCAGGGAAGACCUUCUAGAACUUUCCAGGGGCCUUGCAGGAUGAGAGUGGGGACGUGUGCAAGCCAAGAGAGAGAAGGUGAACCUUAAAGACCCCACUCACAAAUUGUGAGAAAAAGAGCCUCUUUGUCUUGCUAGUGGUGAAUUUGAGUAAGACCUCGAGACCUGGCUUUUAGGAUUCCUUGGCCAGGCCCGGGACGUUUACAGGGUGGGCCAAGGAAAGAUUGUGUGUGCGUGUGCACGUGUGCGAGCUUCACGAGGGUUAGGGUCCUUGUUCACUGCUGUAUCCUCUGCACCCAGUCACAUGCCUGGUGUAAAAGAAAGCCCUCAGUGAAGAUUUAUUAGAGGAAGAAUGGGUGGCAGCUGCCUUUACGUGUCAUCGGGCAGUGACAUUUUCAGUCGCUGCUAGAAACAAGCCUUAAUGAGAACCGAGAGCAAAGAACUCAGGCCCACCCUCUGGAGAAGGUGUGUGCAGGUGUGCACGCGUGCACAAAUGUGGGAGAAGAAGGGGGGAACGAGACUGGAGAAGCAGCGAGGUUUGGGCUUCCCAGGACAGAAGGGGAUCAGUUCUGGGCGUGGAGUGCAAAACGGGGUCGGCUUGGCCCUGGGGACUGAUAAACCCUCCUGGCCUGCUCUUUCUUGGCCCUGGGACCCCUGACCAUACAUGAUUUCUGGCAGGACAUCACACCUCAGGCCUCACUCUCCUGAUGCUCCCCUCUCCACCCGCCCUCACCUCUGCCCUCCAUGCUACCACAAAGAAUCCGUACUUCAUUCCAUUGCUUUGAGAAGCCCAUAGGUUAGUGAGCUCUUAGUCUAUGCUGGACUCGUUAGCACUGUAGCGUGUUCUCUCUUUAAAUCCCCAGUCACCACAUACAGUAUUAUGAUUUCCGUUUUGGAGAAGAGGAAACAGCCGGGGGGACGUAAGGCACCUCUCAGGGCCUCUCACCCAGUAAGCAGCGGCCUCUGUGCGUUGCCACCUGUGCCCGUCCCCUCCAGCAUCCCAGCUGCAGCCUCCGCCUUCUCUCUGCUGCUGGGACGAGACGGCUCCUGGCAAAGCCUAGGCCUCUGGACCCACUGCUUGCGCCCACCCCCCGCCCUGCUGGCUGCGCUCUCCUCUGUCCACCGUCAGUUUGUCCCUCUCCUCCAGAUACUACCCAGCAGCCUACACCAAACUGAUUUUUCCCUUCUUGACCUCGCAGCCCUCCCUAGCCACUGCACCGUGUGUCCCCAAACCUUUUCGGCAAAGCUGGGGAGCAUUUUCUACACUAUCUUGCCCUCGUCUAUCUGGGAGCCAUUUCCGUCCGAUUCCCCUCCUCCCAUCUCCUGCUGAAAUGGCUUUUCUGACCAGGUCACCGUUGACUCGUCUAAGGUAAAACUCCAGCCGUCAGUCCUCUGUCCUUACCUUAACCUUUUCUGAUUUAGCAGUAAUGGUGACCCUGCCCCUGACUCCUUCCCAGAGCCGCCUUCUGCCCUUGGGGUCUUCUUCCAGCCUCACCCGCUGUUCUCUUUCUACUGUCUGUUCUAUACACGGCUCCCUGAGUCGGAGCUGAUGCUUAUCUUUCCUACCCUUUCUUGAAUGUAAGCUGCUUCAGGUUCGGAUGUGUUUGUGUCUGUUCCGUUUCCCGUGAUCUCCCCGUUUUCCAGCACAGGAUCCAGGUGUUGUUAAGGUGUUUGGCAAGUGAGUGGAUAAGCGAGGGACUGGAUACCUGAGCCAUGGGGCAGGGCCUUACUCCCAGAGCAAUCUGGUCCCAAGUUCUUGUGUUCACAGCUCCCACCCAGAUCUGCCCCCCUCCACCCCCCGGGUUCCAGCCUCUCUUCUAGAUGCCUGGGUGACAUGUCUGUGGUUGUCUAGAAGAUCUGUCAAACUGGCACAUCAGAACUGAAGCCCCGUCUCCACUCCCUGCCCCCAGCCUUCUCUCCCCUUUCUCCAUUCUGCACUUUCUCAGGCUAAGAAAGUUCUCCCUUUCAUCCCCUUUCGCUUCCCAGGCUCCACAUCAAGCAGUCGGCAAAUCCCGUUAGCCCCACCUCCAAAAUCUGUUCAGAGUUCACCUUCCUGUCUCCCCACUGCAGCUACCUGGGUCCAGGCCAUCUCCCUGGCCUCGCAGCAUCUGGCCUUAGCCCGCUGAGGUCUGAUCUCUUACAAGUAGCCAGGGUCCCUGAUGAAAAUCAAGUCGGGUGCUGUCACUGCCAUUCUGGGGCACUCCAGAUAAAAAGCCAGAGUUCUCGUGGCGACCGUGAUGCUCGCCCCGACAAGCGUCCUUCUUCCCCUGCCCUGCGCACUCUGUGCCGCCACUGGUCCGCCAUUCUACAGCAGCAGAUGUACACCACCAGGGCGUCGGCGUUCGCUCUUCCUCCUGCCUGGGAUGCUGUUCCCCAGCUGCCCACACGGCCGAUUGCUCGCUCUCUGUGCAUCUUUGCUAACACACCCGCUGUAUAAGGACCUCCCGGCUCUCCUGUCCCCUUCUCUGGUAUAUAUAGCAUUUUGCUUUGUUUCGGUCUGUACACAGCACGCUGCAUCUUGUAUUGGUUUAUCCUACUUACCGGCCCCCACCACUGGAACAGCACUUCUGGGAAGGCCACGUGUCUGCUAUGUGCACGGUCCGAGCCCUGACAGCGGGGACGGUGCUGGGCGCAGCGUGGUGCCUGACAACCUGUUGUUGAAGUCGGGGACAAAUGAACGGGCUCGAGCUUGCUCUCAAGGAGCAUCUAGUUCAUCAGAGAUGCGGGGCAGCUUCUGCAAACGCGGAGCAGAAUUGCUCAGUUGCGGAACAACACUGGCAGCUGUUAAGCAGUUUAGAGCCUCCGCAAACUGUACGGCAAAACUGUGCCUGUUUUCUCGGCCGCAUUUUAAAUGCGGUCUCUAAAAACAGCCUAGGAACAACAGCACCGCCAAACUGAUCCGUCUCAACAGACGUUGCAACCGUCCGCGUAUUCUGUUUUGCUUUUCAGUGUAAAGUAACUUUUGCACACGGGCCGCAUGAGAGCUCUGGGGAGCCCGUCAUUUCCCACUGUGAGGGCCCGGUGUUGCUUCUUAGGAGGCUGCCGCCCCACCGCUCAGGUGGACGCCUGGUCCCCAUGUGGUGGGUGCCGUCUCUCAGCAGGUGAUGAGCCUGGUGAAGGUUGCAAAGCAGGGCUGGGGAUGCCACGCCCGGCCCGUCCAUCCAGUGCGCUCCCCUUGCCCUGCGUUUCCGUUCACGAGCCCUUUGGUGGGCAGAGCUGUGCCUUACUCUGUGUGCGGGCGUGCCCACGCGGGGCAGCAGCCCUGAGGCUCGGGCGCCCUCUAAGUUUCAGAUGAAGUGGUCCACCGAAGGUAAGAGCUGAGGGUGGGAGGCCCACAGCACGGAGCCUCUGUUACGCGAGGGAGGAAGCGUGCGGGCCGUGUCCGGUUCCGCAGGAGCCGUGACCUUGGUCUCCCGUUGCCCAUGCUCCCUGGAUGAACCAAGAGUGGAGCGCCCCUCUGCCCGUGGGCUCUCCCCUCAUACCAGGCCCUGGGCUGGGGAAAUGAGGGUCCUGAAGUGGAGGUGCGGUUUGCAGAGGCCUCCAGGGGGCGUCCUCGUGGGGGGGUCUGGAGGGCCCUGACUUGUGUGUGCUCUCUGCUUCCCAUC